UCAGCCUCUAAACAACACUGAUACUUUGCUCAGAUGGCAAACAGAGCGAGCUGCACCAAUAAGGUCAGAGUUUACUGUAAUUCCUUUCCAAAUGCCUGCAGGAAGAAAAACUAGCAGGACAGCAGAAAUAACAUCGUGAAUUUUCCAUCCAGGAACAUCAAGUAUUUGGGGAAAUGAUCUAACUGUUAUCUACGUGUUGAAUUGAAUAUAAUUUGUGAUAAUUAUACAACAACACUGAAGUGAAAGGUGCGGAUAUGAGACCAGAGGAGGAGCUGGAAUAUCUGACACCACCCACCUGCGAUCUGCUCAGCCUUCUGCUGAAGAACAGACGCCCCACUGGAGCUGUCAACGAGGUUUGGCCCAACCUCUACAUCGGAGACGCGGCUACAGCUCAGCAUAAAACCCUGUUAGUGAAUCUGGGAAUAACACAUGUCGUGAAUGCUGCAGAUGGCCCCCAGCACAUUGACACCGGGCCACAUUUCUACAAAGACAUCAACAUACAGUAUCAUGGAGUAGAAGCACCAGACUGUAAAGACUUUGACUUGAGCCUGUUCUUCACUGAGACGGCGGAUUUCAUUCAUAGUGCUCUGAGUCAGAAAGGUAAGGUGCUUGUCCACUGUGCACGAGGAAUCAGUCGCUCAGCGACUCUAGCACUGGCCUUCCUCAUGAUCAAGGAAAGACUUACCCUUGUAGAGGCUGUGGAGGUUGUUCGCAGGCGCAGAAACAUUCUUCCAAAUGUUGGAUUUCUGAAUCAACUGUGUCACUUGGACUCCUCCUUGGCCCUGCAGAGGAAAACUGCACAAUAUCAAUGAAUGAGAUGAAAACUUUUGACUUGACUUUUCCUAAAGGACUUGUGCCUUGACUGGGACUCUCAAAUUCCUUAAGACAUAGCUUGUACUUGUUUGAAUUACGUGAGACCUGCCUUGAACUUGUCUCAAAUGACUUCUGACUUGACUUGCACUAGUCUUGAAUGAUUUGUGUCUUGGUUUGGAUCUGUCUCAAAUUUCUUAGACUUGAAUGACUUAAGACUUGCCAUGAUAGAAAUUAGACUUGACUAAGAUUUGUCUUGCAUUAUUUGAGACUUGACUUGGAAUUGAUCUCCAGUGGUCUCACUGGUCUCCAAAAAACAUAAAAAUAGCUCUGCUGUGAACUUGUUUUCUUGUUGUGCAGAAAUCAUUUGAAACCAACGGCUGUCUGCAAUGUCAGAAAAAAUACAUCAAACAAAUCUGAAACAGUACCGUGCACAUUUGAAAACAGUCAGCAAAAAUGGAAAGUAUACAAUGUUUGUAGUUAAGGAGCUGAAACAUACUGAAACACUGGUAUGCUCCUUUAAGUUUAUGUCUAAUACACAGCACAAUCAAAUCACAGGCCAUUAAAACAAAUGUAGCACAACUGUCAAAACCCCUGCUGUACUUGAACAACACAAAGACAAUGUAUUCCUAUAAAUAAACAAUGCUCCACUUA